CGACUGAAAUUCCCUUUCAGCAUGCCCUUUUAACGUUUCCUUCUUUUCUUAUGGAUAGAUGGAAGGAUGGAUGGAAGUUCGGGUGACCAGAUCAGAAUCAGAAUCAGACAGAUAGGGACGGCGGAGAUGGCGGCCACCCCCGCCACUUUUCUUCUCUCGAGCAGCUGCUCCUCUUUCUCUCUUUCUUCUUCUUCUUCUUCAAGGCCGCCCCGUUGUUCCUUCCUCUCGAAACCCCCCAUCGUUAUCAUUAAGAGGCCUCUCCCUCUCACUUCGAGAUUCCUUCGCUUGCCCUCAGCUGAUUCCUUCCUCCAAACAACUACGCCCACCAGUACCCGCAGCACUAGCAGGGUUAUCGCCCGGACUUCUCUCAGGGACAGCGGCGGCCCAGGAGAGGAAGAGGAUGAUGCCCCGUCAUCAUCUCCAUCAGACCUGGAGUCUCACUCCCUCCAAUUCGAUUUGGUGGGGGAGGACUCUGCCGUCUUUGACUUAGGGCAGCAGAAGAUUCUGUCGUGGCUCUACUUCACGGGGAUACUGGGUGCUGUUCUUUUUGCUCUGAACGUGGCUUGGCUUGACAACGGCUCUAACGGCUUGGGUCUCGGCUCGGCCUUCAUCCGCUCCGUCUCCGGCCUCUCCGAGAGCCAUGAGGUUGUGAUGCUACUACUCAUCUUGAUAUUUGCUGCAGCUCACAGUGGGUUAGCAAGUCUGCGGGAUGCAGGUGAGAAACUUAUAGGGGAACGUGCAUUCCGGGUCCUGUUUGCGGGGAUAUCUCUUCCGUUGGUCGUCAGUACUGUUGUCUAUUUUAUCAAUCACAGAUAUGAUGGAGUGCAGUUAUGGCAGCUGCAGGCUGUACCGGGAGUUCAUGAACUUGUGUGGCUCUCUUCUUUUAUGUCCUUCUUCUUCCUUUACCCUUCUACUUUCAAUCUAUUAGAGGUAGCAGCAGUUGAUAAGCCAAAGAUGCAUCUAUGGGAAACAGGCAUCAUGCGGAUCACCAGGCAUCCCCAGAUGGUGGGGCAGGUGAUCUGGUGCUUAGCUCAUACUGUGUGGAUUGGGAACUCUGUCGCCGUGGCAGCAUCUGUUGGACUAAUUGGGCACCAUCUCUUUGGCGUGUGGAAUGGUGAUCGUAGGCUAGCCAUCAGCUAUGGAGAAGCCUUUGAGAUCAUGAAGAGCAGAACGAGUGUCAUCCCGUUUGCUGCCAUUCUCGAUGGUCGUCAGGAGUUGCCGGAAGAUUACUACAAGGAAUUUAUUCGACUACCUUAUCUAUCAAUAACCAUUUUGACUUUGUUGGCAUAUUUCGCUCACCCGAUCAUGCAGGCAGCGAGCUUUCGACUUCAUUGGUAGUGGUGAGAGCAAAAUUUUCACCGAAAAAAGCAAUAGAAAGGUAACUUUGUGACACAAAAGUUCCAACAACUGAGAAUGGAAUGGGAGAAAUAAUUUUUAUUGUGUAGCCUCUGAGCUGUACAUUUUACGUUCUGUA